ACAUCCACUGAUAAUUCAGCAGCUGAGGAACUCAGUAAAGCCUGCUCCAAACUUCUCAGCUGUUGACAGGCUUGACUUGCUGAGAACACUGGUUAAAUAUAGCACAAGCGAGCUGAGCUCAACAAAGUCAUUGCUGUAACACUGUGUGAAGAGACCAGAAGAGGGGAAAUACAAUCUGAGAACUAAACUGCCAAAGCCUAACACCACCUAGCAACAGUUGAAAAACUUUUAAACAAAAGUCUGGGUGAGACACAGAGAGAGUGUACCUCCUGCUUCUCCUGCCUGGGAUUUCUGCGAGAAGCAGCUCCGGUCUUCUGUUCCCUACCUUGUUUCCUUCAUUACUUCAACUGCUGGUGGACCUAGAAAAGCGGGAAAAGUUCCUGUCUUUGUGAUCUCCUGAGCUGGAUCAUUCUACUCCUGUGGUAGUGCUGUGGGACGGGCUACUGCGAUCUUGCAUUGUAAAGGAUAUAAUCCUAGGUCCGUGUUGCUGACAGGCAGGGAUGAGAUCCCGAAACCAAGGUGGAGAAAGCUCGUCUAAUGGGCACUUCUCCAGUUCCAAGCCUGUCAUCAGCCAUGCAGAGAAUGAAAAACUUCAGGAGGAUGCCAAGAAAAAGAACAAACCUCAUCGGAAGGAAGAUGAGGUCAUGGUUUCAGCAACUGUCAAACGGCACUCAAAGUCACCUGGUCCUAGUGAGCGAAAGAACAAGAAGUCCAUAGAGCUUUCUAAAGAAGACUUGAUAAAACUACUCAGUAUAAUGGAAGGAGAAUUGCAGGCACGGGAGGAUGUGAUCCACAUGCUGAAGACAGAGAAAACCAAACCUGAAGUUUUAGAAGCUCACUAUGGGUCUGCAACUCCAGAGAAUGUGCUUCGAGUGCUGCACAGGGAUGCCAUCCUUGCCCAAGAAAAGUCUAUAGGGGAAGACGUCUACGAGAAACCUAUUUCAGAGCUGGACAGACUUGAAGAAAAGCAGAAAGAGACGUAUCGGCGCAUGCUGGAACAGCUGCUGCUGGCAGAAAAGUGCCAUCGUCGCACCGUUUACGAGCUAGAAAAUGAGAAACACAAACACACAGAUUACAUGAACAAGAGCGAUGACUUUACCAACCUCCUGGAACAGGAGCGGGAGAGGUUGAAGAAACUUCUUGAGCAGGAGAAGAUCUAUCAAGCCCGGAAGGAGAAGGAGCACUCAAAGAGAAUCAGUAAACUAAGAGAAGAACUAGUCAAGCUCAAAUCAUUUGCACUCAUGCUUGUGGAUGAAAGACAAAUGCAUAUUGAACAGCUUGGUCAGCAAAGCCAGAAAAUACAGGACUUAACCCAAAAACUAAAGGAAGAAGAAGAAAAGCUUAAAAUUAUUAGUGCAAAAACAAAAGAAGAUGGACAAAAACUGAUGAAAUUAGAGGCAGAACUUGAACACAAAACAUUAUCAUUUUGUCAAGAACAUGAGGAGAUGACUGCUAAACUGGCAAAUCAAGAGUCACAUAAUAGACAGCUAAGGCUCAAGCUAGUGGGGUUGACUCGCAGAAUAGAAGAGCUAGAAGAAACGAACAAAAAUCUUCAAAAAGCUGAGGAGGAACUUCAAGAACUAAGAGAUAAAAUAGCAAAAGGGGAAUGUGGGAACUCUAGCUUAAUGGCAGAAGUGGAAAACCUCCGUAAGCACGUGCUUGAAAUGGAGGGGAAAGAUGAAGAGAUCACAAAAACCGAAUCCCAGUGCAAAGAGCUGAAAAAUAAACUGCAAGAGGAAGAGCAUCAUAGCAAAGAGUUGAAACUUGAAGUGGAAAAACUGCAGAAAAGAAUGUCAGAAUUAGAGAAAUUGGAAGAGGCUUUCAGUAAAAGUAAGUCGGAAUGCACUCAGCUACACUUAAACUUGGAGAAAGAAAAAAAUUUGACUAAGGAUUUGAUCAAUGAGUUGGAAGUGGUGAAGACUCGAGUGAAGGACCUUGAGACAUCCGAAAGCAAGCUGGAAAAGGCUGAAAUAAGCUUAAAAGAUGACCUUACAAAGCUGAAGUCGUUUACUGUAAUGUUGGUUGAUGAGAGAAAAAAUAUGAUGGAAAAAAUAAAACAGGAGGAAAAAAAGGUUGAGGGCCUAAACAAGAAUUUUAAAGUUGAACAAGGGAAAGUUAUGGAUGUAACAGAGAAAUUGAUAGAAGAAAGUAAGAAAUUUUUGAAACUGAAAUCUGAAAUGGAGGAAAAAGUAUCCAGUUUGACAAAGGAAAGGGAUGAGUUAAUUGGCAAACUGAGAAGUGAAGAAGAAAAAUCAUCUGAAUUAAGCUGCAGAGUUGAUCUGUUAAAGAAAAGAAUUGAUGGUAUGGAGGAAGUAGAAAGAGAAAUUACAAGAGGUCGAACUAGGAAAGGAGCAGAGCAUGGUUGUCAUGAGGACAACAAGAUUAAGGAACUUACCGUUGAAAUUGAAAGAUUGAAAAAACGUCUCAAACAGCUGGAAGUGGUUGAAGGAGAUUUGAUGAAGACUGAAGAUGAGUAUGAUCAGCUAGAGCAGAAAUUUAGGACUGAGCAGGAUAAAGCUAAUUUUCUUUCUCAACAGCUGGAGGAGAUGAAACUCCAGAUUGCCAAAACAAAAGCAAUAGAAAAAGGUGAAGUAGUGAGCCAGGAGGCAGAGCUGAGGCACAGGUUUCGUCUGGAAGAGGCCAAAAGCAGAGAUUUGAAAGCAGAAGUUCAAGCACUUAAGGAAAAAAUCCAUGAGCUCAUGAACAAAGAAGACCAGCUUUCUCAGCUCCAAGUCGAUUAUUCAGUUCUACAGCAAAGGUUUAUGGAAGAGGAAAACAAAAACAAGAGCAUGGGGCAGGAAGUUUUGAACCUGACAAGAGAGCUGGAGCUUUCUAAGCGUUACAGCCGUGCUCUGAGGCCCAGCAUGAAUGGGAGAAGAAUGGUUGAUGUUCCUGUGACGUCCACUGGCGUGCAGACAGAUGCUUUAAGCAAUGAAGCAGCCGAAGAAGAAACUCCAGCAGUGUUUAUAAGGAAAUCCUUCCAGGAGGAGAAUCAUAUCAUGAGCAAUCUGCGACAGGUGGGUCUGAAAAAACCCAUGGAGCGUUCUUCAGUGCUUGAGAGAUAUCCUCCAGCAGCAAAUGAGCUCGCUAUGAGGAAAUCCUGGAUACCAUGGAUGAAAAAAAGGGAACCUGGGGCUCAGACAACUCCUGAUAAAGGAGCCCGAACCCACAGUAGUCCUGCACAUCCCGGGGAGGUUGUUCUUUCACCGAAGCAGGGUCAACCUCUUCAUAUUCGGGUGACACCAGACCAUGAGAACAGUACAGCAACUUUGGAGAUAACCAGUCCAUCCGCAGAGGAAUUUUUUUCAAGUACCACCGUCAUUCCUACUUUGGGAAAUCAGAAGCCACGAAUAACCAUCAUUCCCUCUCCAAAUGUUAUGCCACAAAAGGGAAAAGGCAAUGAAAGUCCCAUGGGCCCAGAUCGUUCUAUGUCUCCAGUCACUAUUACAACAUUCUCCAGGGAAAAGUCCCCAGAGGGAGGGAGAGCACCCUUCGCUGACAGACCUGCAUCGCCAAUUCAGAUCAUGACAGUAUCGGCAUCUGCGGCGCCGGCAGAAAUCUCCGUCUCUCCGCAGUCACAAGACAUGACCAUGGGAAGGGCUGUCUUCAAAGUCACGCCAGAAAAGCAAACCGUCCCGACUCCAAUCCGCAAGUACAAUGCCAAUGCCAACAUUAUUACAACAGAAGACAACAAAAUCCACAUCCACUUGGGUUCCCAGUUCAAACGUUCUCCCAGCGCGGCUCCUGACGGUGCGAGCCCUGUGAUAACCGUCCGACCGGUGAACGUGGCGGCAGAGAAAGAGGUGGUAACCGGUACUGUCCUUCGAUCACCUCGCAACAACCUGUCCCCGCGACCUGCAGCCAGCAAGGUGACCAGCACUAUCACCAUCACGCCUGUUACAACAUCUUCCACACGAGGAACACAGUCAGUGACAGGACAGGAUGGGUCAUCCCCGAGACCUACACCCACCCGCAUUCCUGUGUCAAAAGGUAUGAAAGCAGGAAAGCCAGUAGUGGCAGCCCCAGGAGCAGGAAAUGUGACAAAAUUCGAGCCUCGUGCUGAGACUCAGUCUAUGAAAAUAGAACUGAAGAAAUCUUCAGCCAGCAGCUCUGCCUCCCUGGGCGGGGGUCAGGGCUGAUGGCAGUGGCUCAGGGGGUGGAAGAAGGGUAAGAUGAAGAGAAAAGAAAGCCUAUAGUUCAGAAGUCUUAAAAGUUCAAGCCUAACUAUUUGUAUUACAUUGAAAUUUCCUCUGACUCUGAAGACACUUGUGUUUAGUGACUACAGUAAGAUUCUCCAUUCAGCAGGUCAGCUCCAAAAGGCAAUUUAAACAACCAAAUCUAAAAACACUCUCUAAGCCCAAGAGGCAUCCUGAAGAUCUUCUUGAUGUUCCUCCACAGCCCUUGACUAGUCAGUGUUUCUGUUAUGACUUAAAUGUAGCACUGCAGCAUCUGUACCUCACUGAGAUCCAUAAUGCAGGUAUUCUUGUAUUUCCUCCAAGGCUUUUAAGUCAAGCUGCAAUUUCCUGGUCACUUGAGGUCAGGCUAUAACGCCGCACUGGACUGAAAAGCUAUAGUCUUGUCUUUGUCACCUCCAGCCAAGAAAGUACUCACUGACUAUGUGCCUGUCCUUUGAGCUGGCACAAGUGUUUGAACUUAACUGGGGAAUUGAUCUGAAUUAAAAGGGAUCUGGCAAAAAAGCUUAAGGCUGGCUUCAACAUAACUUAAUGCCAGGCUCACAGGCCAGAAAAAGAAAGAAGGAGGGCAUAGAAAACCAGUUGGUGUUUUAAAGUGAUGGUAGGAUCUUGAAUGCCUUCUAAUAGAUCAAAUACCACACAAACACAGGGGUAGUACUGCUUAUUGUGAAAAGCUUUUGAUUUAAACCUUUUUUUGAAGGUAGGAGACAGGUUCCCCUUCUCAACAGUAGCUGAGGAGACUCAAACCUACAUCAGCUGCAGGCAGGUUCACUUAUGGCACUGACAGCUGAGGGGGGGGACAAAGGUGGCAUUCUCAUUCCCUCCUGGAAAGGCUGUGCCGUUCUGCAUGGAAUGCUUCAGUAUUCACUGAGCAGAAACAAGAGAGUGGUUGAGGGGUCAGGAUAUUGAACUAGGAGGGAGCCCCCCCAGAUUUGUGUCCCUGUUCCAAAGGCUGCCUUUGAGCCUGGCCCUUUUGAAAAGGAGGCUUAUAAGAUGAAGCGUCUGUGUUCAUUCAUCCUUCCCUAAUGAAUAACACCAAACACACCCACCAGUUUCAUCCAAACCUGACAAAGCAAUAGGGGUCUCCAGAAUAAGAAGUUGUUCCAGUUUAAUGAAAAGGAUGGCAGAGAAGAGGAGCAACACUUUAGCAGUGCCUCACUGUGUGGAAGAGUAGGGCAUGAGCUCACCUCCAUACAGCAUCAAAGAAUGAACACAAGAGUGAUGUCAGAAAUGCCACGAGGACAAGCUUUGUUCAGACCUCAGAAUUUACUAGGCACCAAAGAACUAAACUCUGACACAUCAAUCCAAAGGAAAAUAUUAGGGCUUUAUUUACCAGGCUUUCAUGUACUCUACAUUACUGGAUUAUCAAGUGUAAACUAAGCCCUCCUAAGUGGUCAUUUGGAAUCACUCAUCCUCAUGCUUUCUCUCUCUUACCUUUUUUCUCAGUCAUUUUAUUUAGGUGGGUUUUUUUUUUUUUUGGAAUGAAGUGGAACAAUUUCAGUGGCAAAAUAAUGCACUCAGAAUCAUAAUAGUUACAAUGCUUUGUCAGGAACUAGGAUGACUGACCAAUCUUUGUACUUUUAGUCCUAUUCAGUGUCAGCUGGAGAGAAGCCCUGUUUUGGCUGACGACACAGCCACAUAAGCAGUUGUGAUAACUCAAGCCCAGCAGUAGUAACAUAUUGCUUAGCACCAGCAGUAAGGUGGGGAGGGGGAAGAGCAGGGAAAAUGCCAGCCCAUUCAUGAGCAGUACACAUGGACUGAGAAGGUGCAUCCUCAGUCUUCCAGAUGAUCUCUCUGAUUUUAAAUCUAGUUUCUAAGAAGUUUUCUACUGUGUUCCCUAAGUGAGAUCCCACCACCAGACUUACUGCUACAUAGGGGUAUUGCUAGUGUAGUCAUUACUUGAUCAAUACAACACAGUAAGUGUGAUUGAAAUAAGAAGGAGCACAAAGCUUCAACUGUAAUGCCUAGGGAGAUUUCUCUCAGAUUAGUAAACAUCCUUAGCAAAUGGUAGAAGAAAAAUAGAGAUUUUGAUUUACUUUGCUCACUUUUUUUCCUUUUGUGACACCCGUUAGUGUGAUUUUUGAAAAACCAAACACUUUGUGACUCUUUGUAAUAGGCCCAUAGAGUACACGUCACUGUAUUUAAACCUCAAACCACUUACAGCACAUAGUAAUUACCACCAUGGGGGUAACCUCUAAAGCCACAUCAAUAUGUUGAUCUGUGCCAACAGGAUGCCAAGUCAUAUAUCCCUGCUUGAAAUAUGCCACACACGAUCUAAAAUAUGCUCAGUAUUUACAUGAAUAUUCAGUAAUUCUGAUCAGGUGUGGAAGAUCAUGUCUUUAAAUAGAGUUUGCUACUGUCCUGCUGGGUUUCAGGUACUUGGCAUAAGCUGCAACAGUCAGGACAAUUUUCAGACCAAUUAUAUAUUUCCAUCACACAUCACACAGUGGCCAAUUUUGUUGAGUUGCUUUGAAACACACAGUUUGCUGGCAGGAGUUUUUGUGAGCUCAUCUUCUGAACUUGUUUUCAUUUAGGGGAAUGGUUUUCUCCCCUGUGUCAGUGCGAGUUAUCCUCUUCAUUUUUUGCUUAAGCUCUGUUGGGCAAAAUUACAUGCAAUAUUUCUCAUUAUGGAUAUUAACUUCACUUUGAAUCUUACCCCCUACACAUUGCUCUUACCUUGGCUUUUUUUUUUCCUUAAAAUGUAACCAGAGUUAACUACAGUCAGGUGCAGAGCUAUCAGGUAUCUUGGGUAGGAAACACUCAGGUGUGAAUGGUUCUCCAAACAAAAAAAAACACCUCUCCUUGGGAUUUUAAAAAUAGAAAUACUGAUGUAUGAUUCUCUUCUGUUGCUUGGGUGUGCAUUGUCUGUGGUACAUUCAUUUUUGUAUUAUCUGGUGAUAUGUGUAUAUAUUGUAAGGAGAAAUUAAACUUUAUAUGUUAAAAUGUCA